UUCGUUUGUAUUUGAUUGGAGAGUUCGGUGCUGCGUUAACGUAAAUGGAGAUUAGUUAGUGUGAGUCCGCUGAAUCCCUAAAAGCUAAUCCUUAUAUUGAUAAGCAGUCCUUUAUCUGUAGCAUGUGUUGAUGUUCCAGACGUAUACAGCGGACAUGUUAGAGCCAACAGCACACUCCUUUUCAUCCCUGAAGGAGGAGCUGGAGUUCUGGAAAGAGCAAGCACAAAAACACCAGCAAAGGGCGGAUGAGGCUCAGGAAGAGCUGCAGGAAUUCCAGCAGAUGAGUCGAGACUAUGAAGCAGAGCUGGAAACGGAGUUAAAGCAGUGUGAGGGUCGAAACAAAGAGCUGCUGCUGGACAACAACAGACUUCGUGUGGAACUAGAAAGUAUAAAGGAGAAAUUCGAGGCGCAGCAUUCAGAAGCCUUCAGGCACAUCUCAACACUAGAGGAAGAUCUGGCAGAGACCAAGGCAGUCAGAGACCAUCUGCAGAAGUAUAUCAGAGAGUUAGAACAGUCCAACGAUGACCUGGAGAGGACUAAAAGGGCUACCAUCAUGUCCCUGGAGGACUUUGAGCAACGCAUGAACCAGGUCAUCGAGAGGAACGCUUUUCUGGAAAGUGAGCUGGACGAGAAGGAGAACCUGCUGGAGUCUGUUCAGAGGCUCAAGGAUGAAGCCAGAGACCUUCGCCAGGAGCUGGCUGUCCGUCAGAAGGAGAGACGACCGUCCAGCAGCCUGGGCAAAGACUCGGAUCGGUCCGAAAUACUGUGCUCCUCCUCGCCGAACCCCUCCAUCCCCAUCAUGCCUUCCAAACCUGUGGGCUCAUACAUGACGCCCCCUGCCAGCAGCAUCCGUAGGGGGGAUGGUCUAACAGGAACCCCUCUGACUACAUCUGCUAGAAUAUCUGCACUGAACAUUGUUGGGGAGCUGCUGAGAAAAGUUGGGAAUUUGGAGUCAAAGCUGGCGUCCUGUCGGGACUUUGUCUACGACACGUCUGUGAACAGACCAGCACUUCCUGCCAGCCCAUGCAGUCCUACAGAUGUAGGUCCUGAGGUCCAAGCCAGCAGCUUCAGCCCUCCUCCUCAAUACGACAGUUUGGUGAAGCGGUUAGAGUUUGGACCAGCUCCUCCAAGAGGGGUCUCCCACGGUCUCCAGUCUCCUCAGGGAGGGGUCAAGAUCCUGCUGUAAGAUGGUUCACCUACUGUCCUCCUCCUCAAACUACAGAAACAGUACUCUGAGCUCAGCUGUCUUCCCUCGCUCAACUAGUUGAACAGAGAGGGCUCCGUUCUCAGAUUAGGAGAAAGCAGAGCGACUCCAUCCAUCAGUGCAUGGACUCCUGCUGCCUUAGGCUAAAUAUAUUAUCACAGGAAGCUGCUCCACAUUCUUAUGCAACCUUAAGGAAUGCAGAACCCACCAUUCAUCUCUUCCACUGUAUCUUAGUUGCUGUGUGGUGUCAAUGCUUUCUGUGAUUAAUCAAAGCACACGUUACUCUGACUGAAGCUGCUGCACCUGCCUGUUGACCGCGGCGUACAUGAGGAAGAGCGAUGGAGCCUCGUACAGGGACCAAGAACCUGAAGUUGGAUUUUAGCAAACGUGUUUCUGACCAAACCAAAGCUGUGAUAAAACAUAAAUCGAUAUAAAUCCAAAGGGUGGGGUUUUCUUUAUUAAAUAAGUAAUAAUUAAAAUCCCCAUACUUACCACCCUUGGAUUUUGGCCUGGGGUUGGGGAGGGCUUUGUGUGUACUGACGUGCUUUGAGUUUUGGUCCAUACAAGCUUCUAUACAAGGGCAUAAAGCCCCAUGGUUGAUUUCUCUUUUCCUCUAUGCUCUGCGCUCUCCAGCAUUAUUUAGAAAAUAAAAUAAAAACAAUUUACUGUUGAA